GACGGGAGAAUGGCCUCCUCCAUGAGCGGUAUGUUCCCGGGUCAGCAGCCCCCCGCUCACCCCGCUCCUGUCCCCGGAGCCGCGGCUCCUCUCUCAGCACCCUCCAGCAGCAGAGCUCCGGGCAGCGGCGGCAGCACCACUCUGGUGGACGACCUGGAGGCUUCAUUCGAGGCAUGCUUCGCAUCGCUCGUGAGCCAAGACUAUGUGAAUGGGACGGACCAGGAGGAAAUCAGAACAGGGGUCGACCAGUGCAUUCAGAAGUUUCUGGAUGUGGCCAGACAGAUAGAAUGCUUUUUCCUCCAGAAGAGACUACAACUGUCAGUACAGAAGCCUGAGCAGGUGGAGAAAGAGGACAUAUCGGAACUGAGGAAUGAGCUCCAGAGGAAAGAGAUGCUGAUUCAGAAGCACCUGACUAAGAUCCAUCACUGGCAGCAGGUGCUGGAGGACAUUAACGUCCAGCACAAGAAGCCUACAGAGCUGCCUCAGGGUCCACUGGCCUUUUUGGAACAGGCCUCCGCCAACCUACCUGCCCCAAUCAAACCCAACUGAAGAUCCCUGAAGAUGUAGAAACUGGACACUAAAACGAUUUGUGGUUAUUGUGUUGAUAUUGACAAUUUCGGGCAAUUUUGUCCAUCAAGAUUCCAGAGCCAUGGUGGAGCCUAUGCUACAUGGUUCCUAGAUUUUUGAUUGUGAGAAGAAAUGGAAGCAAAUUUCAUAUUUAGUGAGAGAAAACUAUAACUGGGUGCAGCCAAGGUUACUUGUAAGCAAUAUUUACGGUAAACCAAAGCCCAAAGUUUUGCCCAAAGCUAACUCUUGGGUACAGUUUGUCAUCAACUCAAAUAGCUUUUAUAUCUGAUCUGAAUUUUCUGAAUUUGAAGACCUUUUGAAUUUGAUAUCUCUGGAUGAUCAACUAUUUGUUUAAGAGGAGUGCUUUUGUCAUUGUGUGGAUAUUUAACAAUCUUUUUGUACUCUCUAGAAUAAAUGUGCAUUUUGUAGUUUGUGUGCUUUCCAGAAUGAAGUAGCCAUCACAUUCAGAAAAAAACCCUAUAUGGUUAUCAGAAGAGUUGUUUACUAAGAGUUCUUAGGCAAGUUGUAAAAUUUGCAGGAGAGGAGCAGCUGGUCAGGCAUGUUCAAACCAUUAAAGGCCAAUAUGAACUUAAUUUAAGCUCUAGACAUACUUUUGUUAAAAACCAUUUUAAAAUAAGAUGUGCCUGCGCUACUGUAAGUCCUGUAAUGUCUGAAAUAAUAAUUUAAGCAUCA